CCUGACGGUCAGCGGCAGAUUAGCUCCCCCAGUCUCCCGCCCGCGUGGGGAUCACCCCACGCGCUAGCUCGGGGGGUGGUGGGCGCGCAUGCGCAGGGCCCAGCGCGGGCCGGCGGAGCGGAGGCGGCGGCGGCAGCGGCUGGAGAAUGUCGGGCGCGCGGGGCGGUGGGCGCGUGGCCCCUCCCCUCGACGGGCGCGCGGCAGCCGCAGCGGCGGCGGCAGGGAGGGGAGGAGGAGGCGAGGAGGCGGUGCCUGUGUCGGCGCUGGAGGUUGUGUCCUUCCUGGGGAAGCUACUGUGCGCAGUCGCGGUGCUGAAGGCGGCUCUGUACCUGCUCCGUAGAGUGUGUCUAGCGAUGGCCUGGAAAUCGGGAGGCGCCAGCCACUCUGAGCUCAUCCACAACCUCCGCAAAAAUGGAAUAAUCAAAUCAGACAAGGUAUUUGAAGUAAUGCUGGCUACAGACCGUUGUCACUAUGCAAAAUACAACCCUUAUAUGGAUUCUCCACAGUCUAUAGGUUUCCAAGCAACAAUCAGUGCUCCACAUAUGCAUGCAUAUGCCCUUGAACUUCUGUCUGAUCAGCUACGUGAAGGAGCCAAAGCACUUGAUGUAGGAUCUGGAAGUGGAAUCCUUACAGCAUGUUUUUCACGAAUGGUUGGUCCCAAAGGACAAGUUGUAGGAAUUGAUCAUAUCAAAGAACUAGUAGAUGACUCAAUAAAUAAUGUCAAAAAAGAUGAUCCCACAUUGCUGUCUUCAGGAAGAGUGAAACUGAUUGUGGGAGAUGGAAGAAUGGGAUAUGCAGAAGAAGCUCCCUAUGAUGCCAUUCAUGUAGGAGCAGCAGCACCAGUUGUGCCCCAAGCACUUAUAGAUCAGUUAAAACCUGGCGGAAGAUUGAUAUUACCAGUUGGCCCUGCAGGGGGAAACCAGAUGCUUGAACAGUAUGACAAACUAGAAGAUGGCAGUGUCAAAAUGAAGCCUCUGAUGGGAGUGAUAUAUGUGCCUUUAACAGAUAAAGAGAAGCAAUGGUCCAGGUGGAAGUGAUUUUCUGUUCCACUUACUUCUUCCACACACACACAAGGGAUGAAUUGUAAAAGCUACAUCAUCUUGACCCAAACAUAGUGUUACAGUGGACUGCUCAUCUCCAGUUCGAAAAGCUUUUUGAAAACCAACAGCAUUGCAGCUUGUUUUGGACUUCAUUAUACUGUUGUUAUCAGCAUGGAAAAGCGUGGUAUUUGUUUUAUUUUUUUAGAUGCUCAAGGCAAAUCUGAUAAAGAAAUGGUGGAAAGUUUUAUGUGGGCACUGUUUUAUUUAACAUGCCUUUAUUUUACUUUCAUCUGUUCAAAGUGGUUUUCUGCAGAACUGCAGAUAAAGACCUUUAGCUUGUGAACUCUAAUUUUGAUGGGGGUACUUGAACACUCACUUCUCUUGUAUCCUGUGUCCCUUGGUAAAACUGCUUCUGUGCACCUUUUGACACUACGUAGGUAAUACCAGGUUUUCCGUGUUCCGAUGUCUGCUAGACACUACUAAAAGGAGAUGAACUUCCUUUUUAAGCUUUUGACGUGGUGUCAUAGACUAGCAUGUAGUAGAUACAAUCAGCUGCUUUAUUACUGUAAAUCCAGGCAUUUGUAUAUAUUAAACAUCAAGACAUCAGAGGUGGGUGGCCACUCAUAUCGAACACCACUGUUGAACACCACA